AUGCUAUUGUUGUUACAGACAUGGGCAUUGUUAUUAUGCAGCAUUAGUGUCAUUCAAGGACAGCUACUAGAGAAUGAACAAUACGAUGAGAACCUUACAUUUCGCCAUUUGCCUGAUGGUAAACUGCUGGCUCACUUUGAAUUCGAAACAAAAAUGAAUGCAUCUUUGCCACUGUCAGACUAUGGAUUAUACCCAAAGGCUAUCGGCCAAGUCCUUGAUUCCCAUACAGUGAGUGAGAUGCAUCUCUCGUUCACUCAGGGACGUUGGAAUUAUGAAGAAUGGGGAUACCCACCUACGCUAUCUUCAGGAACAGGAGUGGAACUUUGGGCAUGGAUCAAAGACAAUGGAGAUGUAGAUACCAAAUGGAAGGCGCUGGCCAACACAUUAUCAGGCUUAUUUUGUGCGUCACUCAAUUUCAUAGACGAAACCAUGACAACUGAACCCAGACUCAGUUUUCAGUCUAGUCAACAUGAUCAAAAGAACGAACAGUUACGGUAUGGAUCAUUGCCUCAUGAAAAUGUCUGUACAGAGAAUUUGACACCUUGGAUCAAGCUGUUGCCCUGUAAAGCAAAGUCUGGCAUGGCUGUCUUACUUAAUCCUCACAAGCUAUACAAUUCAAAUUUUCACACCAUGGCCAUUCAUGCAACUUCUAUUUGCUUAGAUGAAUCAUGCAGUGAGCAAAGAUUGGAGUUGGUUCAAACAAUUACUUCCGUCAUGGAUCCCGUAAGAGAAACGGGCCGUCGGGAUUGGUCAUUAACGAGCAUCUUUGAUCGUCAAUUGAACAAGGCUUGUCCACUCGCCAAAGAAAGUAGAGUGGUAGUAGAUGUAGCCAAUGCGGGCGAGGGGUAUGACUCAAGGCCCCAGCCAUACGUGAAUGGUACCAUGAUGAGCUAUGACUUGUCUCAGGCGCCUUUAGAUAUUGGUAUGACGUGGCAUCAUGAACGUGCAUUUGAAUAUCCACUUGAGCCUAAAAGACCAGUGAUAUAUGCUCAGCGUUAUUUUACUGGCUAUGGGCAAGAAAGAGGAGGAUUGAAGAUUACGAUGUAUAACAGACAUAAAACGGAGUCUGUUCCAGUCAUCUACUAUGAUUCAAUACCAUGGUACCUUAAACUCUAUAUGCAUACAUUCAAAGUAAACGUCAUAGGCAAGGAUGAUCAUGAUGUGGUAAAACAAAUGUAUUAUCAACCUGCCAUUGACAGAGGAAGGCCCAGUACGCUUGAAUAUGAGUUAUUACUACCACCAGAUUCGAUUGUUACCAUGUCUCUUGAUUUCGACAAGGUGUUUUUAAAGUAUACAGAACAUAGACCAGAUGCUAAUAGAGGAUUUGAUAUUGGCUCUGCCGUCUUGAGCACAUGGGACUCGGAACAGAAUUUGAUGCGAAUCUAUACGGAUACACUCUUGGUCGUACUGCCUACACCAGAUUUUAGUAUGCCUUAUAAUGUGAUUACGCUCACUUGUACGGUCAUUGCUCUCUUCUUUGGAUCCGUCUUUAACUUACUCAUACGUAAUUUUACACCUGUGUAA